UAGCCGCGUUAGCACCAGUUAGCACCAGUUAGCCGCACGCCUCCGCAGCUGAGCAGGAAAAAAACCACCAGACUUGAUCUUCAAGCCGAGCAAAAGCAAGAAGCUGUCAAACGAAUGUGUCAUCAUUACCUCAACCAUUUCGUGGUUUCUUUACAUUUUAAACAGGAGCUACCCGACCAAAACUGUAAGGGCUUGUCAUCAUCAGCAGCUGUCCUGUCCUGUUCUGCCUGUUAUCGGGAGACUGAUUGCUUGUCACUGGUGGAGUGUUAUCUGCGUGGCUCUCGCAUCAACAUUAAACAAAUGAGCAUGUGACCAAGGACUGGAACUGGCAGCACAUGAUCUGGAAAAGUGAAGGAGGUCAGAAUUAAUCUGGGGUAAGUUAUUUCAAAGUGGUCCAUUGGGAGUGAACAACCAUGACAGCGAAGACAUCCCUUCUGAAAGUCAUCUUGCUGGGUGAUGGUGGUGUAGGAAAGAGCUCCAUAAUGAACCGCUAUGUUACAAACAAGUUUGAUGCCCACCUUUUUCACACCAUCGGUGUUGAGUUCUUGAACAAAGACCUGGAGGUGGACGGCCACCAGGUUACCCUGCAGAUCUGGGACACGGCUGGCCAGGAGCGCUUUCGUAGCCUGAGGACUCCUUUCUAUCGUGGCUCCGAUUGCUGCCUGCUCACCUUCAGCGUGGAUGAUAACCAGAGUUUUCUCAACCUGGGCAACUGGAAGAAAGAGUUCAUCUACUACGCCGACGUCAAGGAGCCAGAGAAGUUCCCAUUUGUGGUCUUGGGCAAUAAAUUGGAUGUGACAGAGCGGCAGGUGUCUACUGAGGAAGCCCGGCAAUGGUGCCAGGAGAAUGGUGACUUCCCCUAUUAUGAGACCAGUGCCAAGGAUGCCACCAAUGUCGCAAUAGCCUUUGAGGAAGCCGUACGGAGAGUGCUGGCAAUGGAUGACAAAACGGAGCACCUCAUCCCCACGGACACAGUCAAGCUUCACAGAAAGCCCCGGUCUGCUACCAGUUGCUGUUCAUAACAUCCAGGAGAUGUUACUAAUCACUCUGUCAUGCCUGUAAUACGAUGAGGCUGUAGCUGUACAAUGCUGUGGUAACAUCUUAUUCAGACAAAUUAUGCUACUGACUUUUUUUUUUUUUUUUUGAUUUGUUUAAGAUACAUUGAUACUAAUUAUUGGAUUCCUGCUCAAAAUACAGAGGGAAAAAAACACUAAGUUCAUCUGUGUUUAUUAACAAAUAAAUUCAAAGCAUUGAUGCAUUGAUUCAGCUUUGCCACAGUUGAAAAGUCAGACUUUGAAUAAAUGGACUUUAUUUGUCGACCCAAGAUUAUGAGUGGACAUUCUGAAAUGUUUCAUUGUCACAGAAAAAUAAGUCUUAAAUUAGUAUUAGAUGUUUUCUAUGCAGUGACUGCAAUUAUUACGGGACUUCUAAAUUUGACCUCCAAAUGUGAUUGUGCAUAAUGCAUAUAUAUUUGGAAUUUAUUGCAUAUUAAUUUAUAUUUCACGGUAACCAUAUAUCUGAAAAAUAAGUAGUUAGGCACUGCUAUGUGUAACUAACAAAUCUAUGCUUGUGAUUAUGCACUCUGAGGUUUUGUCUGGAUUGUUUUUCAUCAUAAAUACAUUAACGCUGUGUGCUGGAAACACUUAAGGGAUAUGUUUCCUGUCAGCAACUUUAACAUGCAUGGCAUUUUUAUAUAUUUAAGUUUCUAAGAAUUUGUAUAUUGUGUUUCUUUUUUUUUUUUCAACUUCAAAGCUGAGAAUCAUGGGAUUAAUUUUCUUUAAUGAAAGUGUGAUGGUUAUGAUCAUUGUUCAGGAUUGAGAUUUCUUCAUUACUAAUUCCUGGAUUUAUCACUUUCAACAGCAAUGUUUAAAGCACACUUAACAUCAUUUUAUUUUUUAGCGCUGAUAGUGUUUACCAGCGGCUUGAUACUUGAGUGAAGCAGUCCUUUCCUUCAAAUUUUUCUUAUUCAAAUUAAUAUAUAAAGUUAUGCUUCUGGUAUGUUGAAACAAAUAAUGAAUAAACACCCUUAAACUGA